AUGCUGGUGAGGACACAGAAGAACUGGCCCUCGGGGCUGCAGGGGUGGGGAGGCGCUGUCCGGUUGCUGCUUACCAGCCCUGCUGUGCUCUCGGUGCGAAAAUUCACAGACAAACAUGAAUGGGUAACAACAGAAAAUGGCAUUGGAACAGUGGGAAUCAGCAAUUUGGCCCAGGAAGUUUUGGGAGAUGUUGUUUACUGUAGUCUGCCUGAAGUUGGGACAAAAUUGAACAAACAAGAGGAGUUUGGUGCUUUGGAAAGUGUGAAAGCUGCUAGUGAACUCUAUUCUCCUCUAUCAGGAGAAGUAAAUGAAAUUGAUGAAGCUCUAGCAGAAAAUCUACUUGUCAACAAAUCUUGUUAUGAAGAUGGCUGGCUGAUCAAGAAGACACUCAGUAACCCUUCAGAACUGGAUGAACUAAUGAGUGAAGAAGCAUAUGAGGCGUUUCCGUCGUGGCGGUUAAAGAAUCCAACUAGGAACCAUGAGGUUGCAGGUUCGAUCCCUGCCUUUGCUCAGUGGGUUGGGGAUCUGGCGUUUCCGUGAGCUGUGGUGUAGGUUGCAGACGCGGCUCGGAUUCCGCG